AUGGAUCCCUACCAAUCACCUGGACACGGGAUAAAACGAGAGGCCACCGACGUCUUCAGAUCACCUACACCACCACCAUCUCAAGAGCCCCCGGCAAAGAGAAUCAAGAUCAAGCUUGAGCGCAGAGAAUGCGCCAUUUGCGCUGAAGAUACUGCCAUCAACCGCUUCCCACGCGCACCACACGAGAACGCCAACACUCACGACCGCGGAGUUUGUUUCAAAUGCUGGGAGAGACAUCUUCAUUCGGAGAUUGAGACCAGAAAGUGGAACGAGCUCAGUUGCCCGCAAUGUGGUCAGAUCCUGCAGUGCCAUGAGAUCGAGAAGCUCAACACUAGCUUCGGACAGAAGAUACUUCCAGAGUGCGUACUUUUUCUCGGGACAAGAAGACUGUGAUACUGACCACUUCCAGGUGGCUGGAAAAAGCUGUGAGAGACUUCUGCGAGACCGACAAGUCAGACGCCUCCGUUGAAUGGAAGGAAUGUCCGUCUGCGUCCUGUGGCUGGGGCUGUUACAUCAUCAAAGGCGACGGCGAUAUCUUCAAGUGUCACAAGUGCGAAUACCGCCACUGCCUGGCUUGCGAUGCUCCUAUGCACUUCGACGAGACCUGUAAGAGCUUCCAGGCGAGACGUCGACGCCGCGAGGAGCUGAAGAAGGAAGAAGAACUGUCCAAGGAAAUGGUGGAGCAGACCUCCAAGCCGUGCCCGAAUUGCAAGGUCCCGCUCUACAAGUACGUGGGUUGCGACCAUGUACGCUGUAUGUUCGCUCACGUCUUCAGCACGUUUUCAACUUCACUGAUUCUUUCUCUAGGUAAACGAUGCAACCAUGAAUUCUGCUACGUCUGUUUCGCUCCCUACGCGGGGCCUGAUGGUAUCUGGGGCCCAAGGGGCAAUGGAGCUCAUAAGGAAUCGUGCAAGUACUCACCUCACAGACUUCCAUCCUAUCGUCCACCACGCUAG